ACUACAUCAACCGAUCCGACUCUGCCACAUGGAGCGGCCGAGGGGAAAGGGGAAGGAAGGAGGAAGGAAGAGAGGAGGAAAGGAGUGAAGUCGUAAACUGGUCAUUGAGAGUUUUUAAUCUGACAAGUGUCAAUGACAGUUCUUCUGGUCACUUGAUGCUGCUGGGUUAUCUUGGCCCGUCAUAAGCAACCGCCGGCCGGCAGACACUCUGGAAUCACUCCUUGCUGCGUUUGACCGCUCGUUUGUGCCUCCUUGUUUUCAGCCAUGGCAUCUGUGAGCCAAGUGUUGAAAAGGAACUUCAGCUCCUCCCGAGCCAUGGCCGGUGCCAUCAAACAUGUGACGGUGAUUGGGGGAGGUUUGAUGGGUUCUGGCAUUGCCCAGGUUUCGGCAGCGGCAGGCCAGAAGGUUUGUCUUGUGGAGACCAACGACAAGUUGUUGGAAGGAGCUAAUUCACGCAUCCAUGAAAGCUUGAAGCGAGUUGCGAAGAAGGUUUAUAAGGAGAAACCAGCUGAAGGAGAUAAGUUUGUGGAGCAGACAAUGAGUCGUAUUUCUGGGGCUACUGAUGCCUCUGAAGCUGUGAAGAACACUGAUUUAGUUGUCGAAGCUAUUGUGGAGAACAUGGCCAUCAAACAGAAGCUUUUCGCCACUUUGGAUGCAGUGGCUCCUAAGCACACCAUUUUUGCAUCAAAUACUUCAUCCCUGUCCAUCACGGAAAUUGCGUCUCAAUGCCAGCGCAAGGACCGAUUUGGUGGCCUCCACUUCUUUAAUCCUGUCCCUGUCAUGAAGUUGCUGGAGGUGGUCCGCACAAACGAUACUUCUGAUGACACUUUCAAGAAAAUGAUGGAGUGGGGUCAGGAGGUUGGAAAAACUUGCAUCACCUGCAAAGACACUCCCGGAUUCGUUGUGAACCGCCUCUUGGUUCCAAUGCUUGCUGAAGCUGUCCGCAUGCUUGAGCGAGGAGAUGCAAGCCCAAGAGACAUUGACACUGCCAUGAAGCUGGGAGCUGGACACCCCAUGGGCCCUAUUGAAUUGGCAGACUAUGUAGGCCAUGACACAACUAAAUUCAUUCUUGAUGGUUGGCAUGAGAAGAUGCCGGAGAACCCCCUUUUCAACCCCCUGGAUACACUGAACAAACUUGUCUCAGAGGGCAAACUUGGAAUGAAGACUGGGGAAGGAUUUUAUUCAUACAAGAAGAAGUAGAUGUGAUUUGAAAUUGAUGCUUUUAAAUGUGGCCGUCCUGCAAAGGACCAAAACCAUGAAAUUUUGAGUGUUUGUUCAAUUUUUUAAUGUUUUACUCAUUGCCAGACUGGAACAUGUGAUAUCAUUGUUGAAUGUAUUAAAUCUUGUAUUUUUUAUUGAGCUAUUUUUCUGAUCCACUUGUUUUUUCUUUUGUACUUCGCGAUAACUACAAUAAAUCAUUUUCAUAGUACACGUA